CUCGAAGCCGUGGCUCUUUGCAUUUUGUUCUUUCCAGACUUUUCCCGUAGUCGUUCCUUGUACCUAGCGCUCUAUUAUGACUUUCCGCUCAUUACGACCUUGACACGCAGUUCGACAAGAAGUUUACGGCAUGUUUCGACCGACAGCAAGAAUCGCCCUGCGCUCCGCAGCUCAAUCCUCUCUCGCUCCAUCUCGGACUGCGGCGGGACGAAGGUUUGCCAGUUCAUCACCUGUCAAUGCGCGGCGCAGUUGGAAGAGCAGUGCUGUACGAUGGGGUCUCGCAGCCGCAUUCAUUUACUAUUACAAUACGAGUCCGGUCUUUGCGGAGCAACCUCAGCAUAAUCUGUUAAACCCCAACGUUGACGCCUACGAAGAUACUACUGGUACAACGUCAAUAGAAGAACUCACUUCGCGACGAGCGCGACAGGCCGAAAAGAACACCUCCGUCCUGAAAUCCGCCGCCGACAGCGUAUCUUCUGAGAAUGCAUCAACAUCAGUGUCUGCGGGCCAAGAGCACGAGCCGCACCAUGCGAGUUCCGUCGCGGCGCUGGAUGCCGAGCUGGAGGAAGAGGCACAGAGCGAAGGCGCAUUCAACCCGGAGACAGGCGAGAUCAACUGGGACUGCCCGUGCCUAGGCGGCAUGGCCCACGGGCCUUGUGGGCCUGAAUUCAAAGAGGCCUUUUCCUGUUUCGUCUUCUCGACAGAAGAGCCAAAGGGCAUGGACUGCAUAGACAAGUUUCAGAAUAUGCAGCAAUGUUUCCAGAGGCAUCCGGAUGUGUACAAGGGCGAGCUAGAGGAUGAUGAAGAACUUGAUGCGGGACUCGAGGUCGAGAGACAAGAAUUGGUCAAUGAGAUUGCGGAGCGGAAGAGACAACAGCGAGAGGCGGAGCCGCAGCACCGGUUAUUGGAGGAGCCUACUUCAGCGCCUUCACCUGUGAAGCAAACCAAGCGAGCGGCACCGAAGAGGGGGGAGCAGCCUGCGGGACCACAAGCGACGCCUGCGAAGGGCGAAAGCAAACCUGCUGCACAGCCAGAAGCAACCAGCAAGCCCCCUCAAGAGGAAGGCAAGGUCAAGAUCCACGACGACGAGACGUAUUCGCCUGAGCGGGAGAACAUCCACGAAGGUCAGGAAUCGAAGCCAGUCUCACAGCCCAGGGACAAGGCGCCAGACGAGGCUGCUGUGCCAGAAGCACCGAGCGCUAUUCCAGCUGCAGCUCACGAUGCGAGACGGCACACCGGCGUGGUUCCCAGGCCCGACGAAAAGUAAAGGAGAAGGGAAGGAGAAGUGUACAUCAUCACAUCUGUACGAAAUCAUGUGCGGAUUCAUUUUGCAUAGCAAGGGCAAGAAAAAGGAGUCCGAUGAGGAGGGAAAUGUACACCAUUUGCAUUGCAAGAACCGAUCUGUACAGUACCUAAUGGUAGACGCCCAUGAUAAUAGCUCGCUCGAGAUUUUCGGGUUAGGAAAGGAUAAGGAAUAGAGACACUGUCCCCUCCAGCA